AUGGAAUAAGAAACUUUAAUUCAUAAGGAUAUUGUUUACAUAAAACAUAACGAAACAGACUGCUAUUUAACAGAUACUUAAGUAUCUUAUCAAAAUGGGUACACUUGAAUUUAGAAUGAUUUUAGCUAUUUAUUGGGAACAUAGAAAGAGUAAGAUUAAAAUUCUUUAUGGAUAUUAGAAAAGUAUAGUCCUCCUAAUUAGGGAUUGAAAAAGCCUAAUUAUACUAAAGUUGAAAUAUGGCCAGGUGAUAUGUUGGUUAUUAGAAAUGGAAAAACUGGAAAUGUAAUCACUUGGUAUCCUAAAUAUUCUAAAUUUAGCAACAUUGGAAAUAAAUCACCAAUAACAAAAUAAGGGGAAAUGUUGGUAGCAAAUCAGUAUGAAGGAACAGGAGAAUAAUAAUUUAUAUUGGUAUUUGACAAAUUUGAUGAUAUAAAUCUGAGUAGAGUAAAGUUUGUAAAUGUUCUUGAUAAUAAUCAUGCUUUGCAUUCACAUAAUAGACAAUAUAAGAAUCCGAAAGAUUUCAAUGAAGUAACAGGAUAUACAGGAGUAGACUAAAAUGAUUAUUGGACNGAGAUGCAUUUAAAUAUUUAGGUAGACUAAAAGAAAGCAUUACUGAUUAUAAUAAAGCAUAUGAAAUUGAGAAAAAUGAGACUGUUGCAUAAAGAUUGGCAAUAAUUCAUCAUUCAUUUGGAGUUGAGUUUUUUAACAAAAAACAGUAUUAAUUAGCUUAUGAAUCAUUUGAUAAAGCUAUAAAAUUAGCGAAUUCAGUUGAUAUUCUUUUUAAGAGAGGAAAAUGCCUCUUGUAUCUUUAAAAUCCAUAAUUGGCUUUGA